UAAGAGAAUGUAAUUGGACAUCUCGAGUCGAUAGCGGCAAAUUGACGUUGCGUUUCCUUUAAAGCGUUGCCAGGUAACGGGACGCAGACGGACUCGUGAAUGCAUGUUAGCGGGGGUUCGCUACAACUCCUUUGGGUUUAUAGACUCUUGUGUAAAUAAAACUCUAUAAAAAGUGUUUAGGCAUGAGUCUCGUGCACGCGUUUGAGCGCAAUGCAUUCACCCGGAGACGCAAGGACACAUUACCAACUAUCCGUGCGGCAGGAAAGCUCAUUCCAGUGGGUGACCGAGCAAAGACAUGUUUGCAGGAAAUUACGCCAAGGUGUGAAACUCCACCUGUGGUCAGAAAAUUUGUCCAUUCGGCUAAUCCGGCUGUUGGGUCAGUUCGGGUGUUUCAUGGAAAGGCAAAUGAUCCAGAUAUUGCCAGUGCUAUAGUUCAUGGCGUGAGCACUAAAUCAUCUAUAGGUGCUGGAUCUGUGAUCAAUCCUGCACCAAAGACACGGUUUCAAGACAGGUUGCGACAGCUUCAAGAAAACAUUUAUGCCACCAAUCAGAAGGCACCUCUUGGGAGGUCACAGGUUCAAGGCCCCGGUUUGCCAAGUUGGCUUGAUCCUGGGAAAACAGCUUUUGGGGUUACAACCCUACAAUGUUCUGAUGUCGGUGAAAUCAUCAAUCCACACAAAACUGCACAUCAGGUGCAGGAGGAGUCUGAGGAGAAACAUCAACUCUACAUUCACUCACAUGGCUCCUAUUAUGUAGGGGAGCGUGUGGACAGGAAGUAUAACUUUGAUAGAGAAAGCCGAUUUGGUAUCCUUACACCUCAUCGCAAUGACGGGAGGAACACCUCCAGAUGUCUCCACUGGCAGAACAACAGUGCAAAAUUAGUUUCAAAACGUUGUGAUGACUUCAGAGAGAAGACUCAGCCGAAGAUAGGCAAAGUUCAUGACCCAAUUGCAGAGACAUUAAAUGUUCCCCGGGAUCACACAUUUGGAGUCUUGAUGAAACCUGACAGCUUUGGUGCGGGUGACCUCAUCCAUCAGACUUCACCUGAUGAGUGUCUGAAAGGUAAAGACAGACGGAGAACAUUGGUCAACGCUGUGCGGCAGCACCUUAAGAAGUCCAACUACCAAAACUUCAGCUCACUGCUGGAAGCAUUCAGAUACUAUGACAAGAAGAAUCAGGGGAAGAUAGAUAAGGAGGACCUGAAGGACGUUUGCCACCACUUUAACAUGAUCAUUAGUGAGCCGGUGCUUGAUGACAUCAUGGAUUACUGUGACCUUGAUAAAGAUGGACUGAUCAACUUUAUGGAGUUUUCCAACUUUCUAAACUGGAAAGACAAAAUGCCAAUCAACAGGACGGAGCAAAAAAUUCUCACAGGAGAACGCUCGGUAUGGACGGCCCCAGCUAACAUGCAGAGAACAGAACUCCAGGAAUCUGAUGUUUGUAAGGUCUUGGUAAAAUCGGAGGACUUGGAGUCUGUUGAGGUGGGAAGCACCAAGAAGACCCCUAAAACCCUAUCCAGACCCAGAUCUGUGAGGGACAGAUUUAUCACCUCAUCUUCUGUCAUCAAUGCUGUCGUCAAUGAGCGUCCAACCACCAAUUAUCAGACUUGUGGAGUACCGUCAGUGCGUACAGAUCUACCUGCCCCUCGUAUCAAAGGCAUCAGCGAUAGGACGAAUUACGGCGAUGAAUCAACAGCGUAUGAUCUGCUGCAUCCCACACUGCAUUCACUCUACGGGGUUUAUGAAGACCAACUUUUUGCUCCUCGUGCUAAAGACGAGAUAGCACAGAUAUUCCAGAAAGCGGGUGUGACGUUUGAAGAUGAGAUGUUUGAUGAGGCCUGGAAGCUGGCGUCCAUGAGACAUCCCACCGGUGACGUAUGUGUGGAGAGCUUUCGAAGCGUUCUGUGUGAGCUACAGGCAUGUUAAAACAACAUUUCAGUAUUUUCGUCAUUCUUUAGGAUGAAAGUUGUUUAUUGAUAUAGGAAUAUCAAAUAAAGACACAAGUGUGAUUACAAAUAUUCUUAAGAAUUGUUGGACAAAAUGUUAAAUUUGUAUGUCACUUUGCAUACUGUAAAAGCAUCUGGUAAUAUGUACAAAUACAUGUAAGUGUUACAAUGAUAAAAUGAAAUUUGUAACGUUACGAGUUAAUGGCCUGAAGCGGAUCAAUUUACUAUCAUAAUGAAUGUGGAGACUACAAAGACAAACAAUAAUUACUAUAACUAUCAUGAGACGCUAAUAAUAAUAAUAAUGACUAUAGCAGUGUUUAUUCUGGGGAAGAAGGAGGUUUAAACCCCGAUGACUUCUGUCUUUUAUUAGUUCACAUCCAUUAUUGGGUCAGCUGUAAUUUCCGCCACAUUAUUUGUUUAAUUUAGUCUCUUGUCAAAUGAUGUGAAGUGUUGCGAGGGGCCUGUCUGCAAUGAACCCUUAAUGUAGCAUAAUAAUACUUCAGCUCACUAAUGAAUUUUUGCCUCCCAGGAUAACAUUAUGCUGCAUUUACACUUAGAGAUUACUGUCAAUUACAAUAUUCUCCCAAAGGAUUACAGUAUAUCACACAAAAUACAAGUAAUUUACCAAAUUUGUCAUUUAUUAUGAAUGAUGGCUAUAAGACAUCUGUUCUGUGAGUGCACUCGGUCUAAAGUUGUCCUAUUUUUUUUUUUACAGACUUACAGUUUAAUAAUUACAUAUUUUAUACAAUUUUAAAAUAUUUAUGCAUUCAAUAAAUGUAUGCAUUUAUGUAUUUAGCCUA